AUGUCAUACUUGGAGAAUGGCACAAAAGUGGCUAAGUUUACCCUUUUGGGAUUGACUGACAACCCGGAUUUGGAAGUCCCCCUGUUCAUGAUGUUCACCCUCAUCUAUCUCGUCACAUUAAUCGGGAACUUGGGCAUGAUUGUGUUGAUCUGGCUGGACUCCCGUCUCCACACUCCCAUGUACCUUUUCCUCAGUAACCUCUCUCUGGCAGACUGUGUUUACUCCUCAGCUGUGACUCCAAAGUUGAUGGCUGGGCUUCUCACAGGGGAUAAAGUUAUUUCCUAUGGGAGAUGUGUUGUUCAAAUGUUCUUCUUUGUGUCUUUUGCAAGUGUAGACUGUUUUUUACUUGCUGUCAUGGCUUUUGACAGGCAUGCUGCAGUUUGCAAGCCCUUACAUUAUGCCACUACCAUGACUACUAGUGUGUGUACUCACAUGGUGAUUGGCUGCUAUGCCUGGGGCUUGAUUGAGUCUGCUGUACAUACUGGAUUCACCUUCUCCCUCUCCUUCUGCCGUUCUAAAUUGGUCCAUCAUUUUUUCUGUGAUAUCCCUCCAAUCCUAGCUCUUUCAUGUUCUGAUAUAUCUGUGAAUGAGAUCAUCCUUUUUAUCUUAGCAUCAUUCAAUGUCUGUUUUGCUCUGAUAGUUAUCUUGACCUUUUAUGUUUUCAUAUUCAUUGCUAUCCUAAGGAUGCGUUCAGCUGGUAUAGACUCAGCAGAGAUUAUGGUGCCUUCCAUUACUGAAGAAAUAAGAUUUAUGGAAAGACAGUGA